AUGAAGCUCCUACUACCAAUCGCCGCCGCGGCUCUUCUCCUCGUCGCCUUGACGGCGCGCGUGCCGGCGGCGAGCGCGGCGGGGUGGGUGGAGCUGGACCUCACGCAGACAGGCGCAGCCAGUGACGCGGCGCUCGCGCAGAGAGCGGCGGGAAUCGCGGUGGAGCAGUACAACGCGCAGACGAAAUCUGCCCUGUCGCUCGCGGAAGUCGAGUCUGCGGAGGUAUUUGUGCCCGCUGACGUGGGGCGGAGAGCCGUCAUCCGCGUGGCCUUCACUGCCGGCGAGGAGUAG